AUGGCAAACAUGGGUUCUGUUGCAUCUCUUGUGAUGUCAGUCACUAUAAACGAGGGUGAGGAGGAAGAUGAGGAGGAAGAUGGGGAUACCGGGAGUGACCAACAACCGAAUGGCAGGAAGCUGUGGGGGCUGGUCGUCUGCCAUCAUACAAGCCCGAGGUUCAUCCCUUUCCCACUAAGGUAUGCUUGCGAGUUUCUCUUGCAAGUAUUUGGCAUACAGCUCAACAAGGAGGUGGAAUUGGGUGCUCAGGCAAAGGAGAGGCACAUCCUCAGAACGCAAACCCUUCUUUGUGAUAUGCUCCUGCGGGAUGCUCCUGUUGGGAUAUUUACCCAGUCACCUAAUGUGAUGGAUCUGGUAAAGUGCGAUGGAGCUGCAUUGUAUUACCAGAACCAGCUUUUGGUGCUCGGAUCAACACCCUCCGAGUCAAAGACAAAGAGCAUUUCCACAUGGCUGCAGGAGAAUCAUGAUGGUUCAACUGGGCUGAGUACUGACAGUUUAGUGGAAGCAGGUUAUCCUGGUGCUGCUGCACUUCGUGAAGUUGUGUGUGGCAUGGCGGCUAUAAAGAUCUCUUCCAAAGAUUUUAUCUUCUGGUUCCGAUCGCACACAACAAAGGAGAUCAAGCGGGGUGGGGCUAAGCAUGAACCGGUUGACGCAGAUGACAAUGGCAGGAAGACGCAUCCACGAUCUUCAUUCAAGGCCUUCUUGGAGGUGGUUAAAUGGAGAAGUGUUCCCUGGGAGGAUGUUGAAAUGGAUGCUAUCCAUUCUUUGCAGUUAAUAUUACGUGGCUCCCUGCAAGAUGAAGACACCAACAGAAACAAUGUAAGGUCCAUUGUAAAAGCUCCAUCUGAUGAUAUGAAGAAGAUACAGGGGCUACUUGAACUAAGAACAGUUACAAACGAGAUGGUCCGCUUAAUUGAGACAGCAACUGCCCCUGUCUUGGCUGUCGACAUUGCCGGUAACAUAAAUGGAUGGAACCAUAAAGCUGCAGAACUAACAGGGUUACCUGUAAUGGAAGCCAUAGGGAGGCCUCUGAUAGAUCUUGUUGUUGCUGAUUCUAUUGAAGUGGUUAAGCAAAUUUUGGACUCAGCUUUACAAGGAAUUGAAGAGCAAAAUCUGGAAAUCAAGCUUAAAGCAUUCCAUGAACAGGAAUGCAAUGGUCCAGUAAUCUUGAUGGUUAACUCCUGCUGUAGUCGGGACCUUUCAGAGAAAGCCAUUGGAGUUUGCUUUGUAGCACAAGAUUUGACGAGGCAGAAGAUGAUUAUGGAUAAGUAUACUAGGAUACAAGGAGACUAUGUUGCCAUAGUAAAGAACCCCAGUGAGCUCAUCCCUCCCAUAUUUAUGAUCAAUGAUCUUGGUUCCUGCUUAGAGUGGAAUAAAGCUAUGCAGAAGAUUACCGGUAUACAGAGGGAAGAUGCGAUAGAUAAGUUCUUAAUUGGGGAGGUCUUCACCCUUCAUGAUUAUGGCUGUAGGGUGAAAGAUCAUGCUACUCUAAUGAAACUUAGCAUACUGAUGAACGCAGUGAUUUCUGGUCAGGAUCCUGAGAAGCUCCUUUUUGGUUUCUUCGACACAGAUGGGAAGUAUAUUGAAUGCUUGCUGACAGUGAACAAGAGGACAAAUGCUGAGGUGCAGAAAAUGUCCGAACAAGCUGCCACAAAUAGCUUUAAGGAAUUAACUUACAUUCAUCAAGAAUUAAGGAACCCGCUCAAUGGUAUGCAAUUUACUUGCAACUUAUUGGAGCCUUCCGAAUUGACAGAGGAACAGAGGCAACUUCUUUCAUCUAAUAUUCUCUGUCAGGACCAGCUGAAAAAGAUUUUACAUGACACCGAUCUUGAAAGCAUUGAACAGUGCUAUAUGGAGAUGAACACAGUAGAGUUCAACCUUGAGGAAGCUCUGAAUACGGUCCUAAUGCAAGGCAUUCCUUUGGGCAAGGAAAAACGGAUUUCUAUUGAACGUGAUUGGCCUGUGGAAGUAUCGCGCAUGUACCUUUACGGGGACAAUUUAAGGCUUCAGCAGGUCCUAGCAGACUAUCUGGCAUGCGCCCUUCAAUUCACACAACCAGCUGAAGGACCUAUCGUGCUCCAGGUCAUUCCCAAGAAGGAAAACAUUGGGUCCGGCAUGCAGAUUGCUCAUUUGGAGUUCAGGUAA